CCUAACCGCAGCUCCUCCACGGAACCCUGUUCAGAGCACCAUUGAAGAGCCCCGACCGCAACUCCGCCGCAGAGCCCACACCACUGGGGCAUCCCGAGCAUUGCUCUGCGCACAGUUCACAGGAGAGACUUUGGAGCGCAACACACCCACGAACCCCAGACCCCCAGUUCUAUUGCAAAGUCUUGGAGCGUCGCUUAGAUUAAAAAAAACACACUUCAAGCUCCGCCGCAGAGCCCGGAGCGAUAAAGUACGCACUCCCACGAAACCCUUUGCCACGGAGCUGGGGCGCUGCUCUCUGAUAGUCACACUGCACCAAAGAAUCCACUCUGGAAUUCCUCAGCACUGCUCUGCGUAUUUCAAAAUCAUUCGACACUCGUCCGGCACAAACCACAUUUCCGGCACUGGGACACCACUCGACCGAACGAACGCCUGAUCGCAGGUCCAGUGCGAAUCUGAGCUGUUUCAUUUCUGACCAGGUAUUAGCGAAGUCGUUCGCUCCGGGAUAAAGCUCACUCAGCACUGCGGACCACCGGGCACCGCCGGAGCUUCAGCACAGCAUGGAAACAAGCAGGAAGCAUCACUUCACCCCAACACUCCAUGUACUAGCCUUCCUUCUCAAUAUCCUUCAGGGGGUCGGUGCGGAACAGGAGACCGAGAAUCUUUCGGGUCUUUCCACUGAUCCCUAUAAAGAUAUUUUUGUGGUUCGGGAAAAUGGAACAACGUGUCUGAUGGCGGAGUUUGCAGCAAAAUUUAUUGUCGCCUACGAUGCACGGGCCAGUAACUAUGUAGAUCUCAUUACAGAACAAGCUGAUAUUUCAAUUCCACGAAGUGCAGAAGUUAGAGGAAGAUGUGGGAGCAACGAAUCCGAACUGCAGAUUUCCUGGGCUGAUGGCACAUACAGUUUUAAACUCCACUUUGUGCAGGAGACCCGCAAUAUAUCCACAAGGCAAGAACACUUCUGGAAAGUCAGUAAGAUUCAGUUCGUGUAUGAUUUAUCUGAAUCCAGCCACUUUAAAGAUGCAGCCAACCCUGGGAAGCACGCAGCCACUUCACGACACCUUUCUCUGUUCGUGACUCCGCUUGGUAAAUCAUACAAGUGCGAGGCCCAGGAAACAAUUUCCCUCUUCUCCAGUGAUCACCAGAAAGUCGUUGCCGUUCUCCUAUCUCAAAUUCAUAUCCAGCCUUUCGGUCUCAAGCGGGACUUCAUAUUCAGCGAAGCCUCUGCCUGUGUUGUGGACCAACAGGAACAGUUAGAGGAGACUCUCCCCCUUAUACUGGGGCUGACACUGGGCCUCGUCAUCGUGGUGAUUUUGUCGGUUUAUCAUAUUCACCAUAAACUUACGGCUACCAGCCAAAUUCAAAUACCCAGAGACAGAUCCGAGUACAAACACAUGUAAAGAGGUCCGAUCGAGUUGAACCGAACCUCCCAGCGAAUAGCACGGCAGCUGCUGCACAGUAAUGUUAAGCAACAAAGAAUUAUUUCAGAGAAUACUUUUUUCAAACUUCCGGGGAACGCGAACAUACAAAUAAACGCGCGGCAUCUUACUGUAUAUAUUGAGGCGCGCUUCUUUAAAUAGUGAUAGCACAAUAUCUGCUUCAGACCCAGAAUCCCCAGCAACUCCAUCACAGUACAUAACAAAUGCAAAAUAUCAACAAAACCAUUAAAAGUAACGCAAGAUUAGUAAUCUAAUUUUAGUGUAAGUAGUACUAACUAGUGCAAGGAACCUCUCAUUGCUCCAAUUGUUUAGAAACGGCGGCAUUCAUUCACACGCUAUUUGCUUAACGUAGAUGGCCCAAGCAUUCCUACAUCGAACGAUAAUUUAAUAUUUUGGUACUUGCAUAUCUUAUCAUUAUUCUUUCAAACAAAACCAUAAGAAAACAUGAGAGAAAAAAAUUAGUUCAGUUUUAUGAUCUUGAACGCAAGUCUGCUCUUGAAAUGAACUAAAACCGUUUGAUUUAACUUUGAUACACACGGCUUCUUGGCUUCACGGAGUAAUUUUGCUUUUUCCAAUUUGGGAAGCAGUUUGCUUGAGCUUUGAUAAAUAUCUACAUUUAUUCCAAGCAUACGUGAGAUAUUGUUGAGGACCAAAAGAGCGGCCAGGUUUCCCUUAAGUGUACGUUAGUUGAAGGGACUGAAGACGUCAUUUUGUGUUCAUGUAUCUCUGGGAAUUAUGCAGAACAAAUCCCCAGUGUGAGCAGUGAAUCAAUCCGUCAACACGUUCUACAAACGUUGAACUGAUAUUAAAAGCUCUCCUUAAUUUGGAUUCAGUUUAACUAAGUGCAACAACUGCGAGAAACAGUUCGACUUGCCCACCUGAUUCAGUAUUUUCCUCCAUCUCAGUAUCAAAAUUGCGGAUGUUUGUGUUCUACCAACUUUUUCUUAUGUUUCAGUAAAACUAGGACUUAGAGAGGCGCAAUCCUCGAAGCUUGUUCCAACUUUCAAUUAAGAUCAGAAAUUACUCUGUGACUUUCCAAUUAGAUGCCUUAACCAUCUGCAGACCAAAAUGCAUCUAUUUCACCCUUGAAUAUAUUAAAGGUCUAGGGCUCAAACUUUCUAGAGUGGAGAUUUCAAAGAUUCACAAUCCUCGUGAGAAAUACCACCCCACCCCCAUCACUCCUUUAAGUGAACAAUUGCUAAGUGGUUUAUUAUUGAUACCUACUGACAUACAAUGAAAAGCUUGAUUUACCAUCCAAAUAGAUAAUUCCAAACAUCAGGUUAGCACAAGAGGAAAAGCAGUAACAGAAUGCAGAAUAAGUGCAGUGCAGGUAGACAACUGAGAUGCAAGGCCCAUGACAAGGUAGAUGCAGAGAUCAGUAGUUUAUUUUCAAUUGACAAAGUAUCUAUUCAGAAGUCUCAUAACAACAGUCAGAAACUAUCCUUAAUCCCUCAUUCUGAAACAAUGUCUCCUAGUUUUGGAUUCCUCCAUGUGGGAAGGUGGAUUCUCAGAAUCAUACAUUUCAAUAAAAUUUCCUCCCAUUCUUUUCCAAUUUAGUGAGAAUGAUUCUGCAUUACUCAUCAUUUCCUCAUAAAUCAAUUCCUUCAUCCCAGACAUCAACCCAGUGAACCUUCUUUGAAUCACCUCUGAACAAAUAUAUCCCCGCUUAAAUAUUUUUUUAAAAAAAGGUAUUUGAUUCUGAAGAAUGUUUUUGAUCCUAUCAAUAGUAUAGGGGAAUAUCUGAAAUUCAGUAAAUCUACCCUGCAAAAGGGAUAUAUUUGUUAUCAUCAAGUGAGGGGGCUAGAGGGGCUGAGUAUUAACUAUAAAAAUAUUAUUCCAAAUACAUUUAUUUAGGAUAAUAUUUCUCAAGCAACACUCAUGGUAUAAUCCAUUUAACAACAGGACAAGGGCAUAAUUUUGUUGGGAAAUUACUCUAAAACUUAAGAGUUAAAUCCAAUAUAGCAAUGCAUGCACCCAGUAUUGUGAUUCUGCCCUUUGAUUUUUAUGAUGAGAUGAAAUUUUCAAAUAAGAUAGCAUUUGACAGUGAAAUUCUUGUUUAAUUUGCUGAUUGUUUUCUGGCAUUCUCUCACUGGAGUUGGACCAGCUUACCACAGUUGAACAGUUUGUGCAGUUCUUCCUUUACAAUGCUUCUGCUUGUAUAAUUUUUGUUUGUGACGUAGUGCUGAUUAUUACCUCCUAGCUAUAUAUCUGUUAUUUCCUAUAAUAUUGCAUUAAUUAAUCCACACUUGUAAAAGAAAGCUAAAACACUUAAUUCAAUUAGAAUGAAAUGUUUGUGAAUAAAAAAUACAAAAAAAUCUUCUGACCAGGGGUGUCAGGAAACAAAAAUUCAUAUUUAUCAGUUUCUUUAUAAUUUUGUUGUAUAAUUAACAAAAGGGCCGAGGUAGAGCAGGCAUGGAGUGGAUGCUUCCUAUAGUAGGGGAGUCGAUGAGUAGAGCGAUCAGUCUCAGAACAGAAGGAGGUCCCUUUAGAACAGAGAUGAGAAGGAAACUCUUUUGCCAGAAAAUUGAGAAUAUAUAGAGUUCAUUGCCAGAUGACUGUGGAGGCCAAGUCAUUGGGUAUAUUUAAUGCAGAGAUUGAUAGGUUCUUGAUUAGUAAGGGUGUCAAGCAUUACGGGGAGAAGACAGGAGAAUGGGUUUAAGAGGUUUAAUAUAUCAGCCACAAUGGAAUAGUGGAAGUUACUCAAUGGGCUAAAUGGCCAAUUCUGCUCUUAUGUCCUGUGGUCUUAUGGAUUAAAGUAAUAAGCUAGACAGUUAAAAACUUGAUGACUAAGAAGAUUGAAAGAGUUUGAGUUCUACAUUGCUUUAUUGCUACAUCAGAAGGAAUCUAUGUCACAGAUUUAUUCAUAUAAACAGAUUUGCACUUUUAUACCCAACUUGUAAUGAACACAAUUGAAGGAUACAAUUAAUGCACAUUUUUGAGAUAUUAACCUCUUUUAAAAAAACAUGGCUACAGGUUGUGAAUUCACUCUAGCUAGUUGAAAAAUCCAGACUGAUAUUUUACCACAGUGUUGAGUGGGCAUGGAACAAUGAAACUAUUAUUAUUUCACUCUCAGAUGGACAUAUCAAUACUUUAAAGAGGAUAAAGGAGCCACUCCUGAUUAUACUGGUUAAAUUUUAUCCUUCAAUCAAGUUAAAUAAAGCAGAUCUUUUUGUCAAUAUCACAUUGGUUUCAAAAUUUAGGCUAGGCACAUUUGCUGCAUUUCCUACAUUACAGCAUGAUAUGGAAAGAGAUUUGAAGCACUGUGGGGUCAUGAAAAGAAUUAUAUUAACCUAAGUUCUUUUUCUCCAUACUUUAAAGUGUCAAAUGUACUUUAACUGUUGUUUUUAUUUCAAUCAUUGUCUUGCUGGCUGUGUUGCCUUUAUGUGGGAAUCUGUCAUUUAGACUACAAUUAUCUGUCUUAACAGAUAAUGUAUAUAUACAUAUAAGAUCAGUGGAAGUUAUUUUAAAUCUGAAAGCACAUAUUUAUAUUUUAAAUUGUGAUUUGUUAUGCAGGAGAAAGAUCGUAUUAACAAAAGAAAAUCAGUGUGUGUGAGCACGUUUGUCACAAUACUAAUGACUAAUAUUAUUUUUAUUACUCAUUUCACUCUGAGUAAAAAGUCAAUAAUA